CCCACAUCCCUGUUAGCAGACUACAGCUUCAGUGGAGCAGGAUGAAGAAGCUGGAGAAGGAGAAGGAGAAUGGUGGAGGAGGAGGGUGUAAGGCUGGGAGCAGGAAGGAGAAGGAUCAGAGCUGGAUCCCGAAGAUCAUCAAGAAGCGAAUUUGCUCCACGUUUGUUGAAGACUCAUUCAGUAAUGGGGCGCUGUGUCAGUGUGGGGGGGUCCGGGAGCAGCAUGACUCGGUGGCUACGGGAGAUUUCUUUGGAGCAGCGAUCGUCACUCAGUGGGACAGCAAGCAGCACUCCUCAGAGUGUGCCACAGACGCCUAUGGAGAGCUGGAGUUCGCCGGGGCUGGACGCAGACACAGUCAUUUCCUGCGUCUGUCCUGUGACACCCCGCCUCAGAUCGUCUACACCCUGAUGACGGCUCACUGGGGCCUCCCAUCUCCUAACCUGGUGGUAUCUGUGGUCGGGGGAGAGGGGCGGGAGAAGGUCAAACCGUGGGUGAGAGACAUUCUGAGGAACGGGCUGGUCAGAGCUGCACAGAGCACAGGAGCCUGGAUCCUCACAUGGGGUCUGAGAGAGGGCGUGACCCGCUGUGUUGGGGAGGCGGUGAGGGACCACAGGGCAGCGGCUCCAGUUCUGUCCCAGAAGAAGGUGAUCGCGCUGGGAUUGGCGCCCUGGGGGCUGGUGCACAACAGACAGCAGCUCGUCAACCCUCAGGGCAGUUUUCCUGCUCGCUACUACGUCCAGAACACUUCACGAGACUCCUGCUGCCUGGAUAAUAACUGCCAGGCUUUCCUCCUGGUGGAUGAUGGGAGUGUGGGCCGUCGGGAGGGAGAGACGUGCUUCCGGGCCAGUCUGGAGGACUAUAUUUCCCAUCAGCGCACUGGCAUCUGGGGAAGUGGCAGUAUAGAGAUCCCAGUGUUGUGUAUGCUGAUCUCAGGAGAUUCCAGCAUGCUUGAGAGGUUGGACACCUCUCUGAGGAAAGAAACCCCCUGGCUGGUUCUGGCCGGUUCUGGUGCUGCUGCAGACUUCAUCAGUGAACUGGUGACAGAUGUCUCUAAGAUCCCCCUCAGCCCCUCCUCCCCUCCUGCAGAUGGGGAGGCUUCAGAGAGCCUCAGCACGGAGCUCCGCGACAAAGUCAGAGAGAGGCUGCUGAGACACUUCACAGCUGAGGCCGAGCUGGAGAAGUUGGUGGACAGCGCUCUGAGUAUCUAUCAGAACAGAGAGCUGAUCACUGUGUUUCACGGAGAACAGGAGGGUUCAGAUGACUUUGAUACAGUUCUCCUCAAAGCUUUAGUUAGAGCCAGUAAACGUGUGUCCAGUGAUGCCAGCGAGUACACAGAGGAACUCAAACUGGCGGUUGCGUGGAACAGGGUGGACAUCGCCAAGACGGAGCUGUUCAACGGAGACAUCCAGUGGAAGUACGAAGAUCUCGAAGACUCGAUGACAGACGCCCUGGUAAACGAUAAACCCCAGUUUGUGCGUCUGUUCUGUGAGAACGGUCUGAACAUCCUGGACUACCUGACGUACGGUCGUCUGGAGAGUCUGUACCGCUCUCUGUCCGACAGCUCCCUCGCCUACAUCCUGCUGCAGAGACGUCUGAGCGAGCGGCAGUGCCUGGCUGGAUACAUGCCUAACCUGGACUCUGCAGGGUCACCUCCGAAGAGCCCACUGAGCGAGUCCUCUGGAAUCGCCUCCGCCAUGGAUCUCAAUCUGUACGAGGUCUCUCGCCUGCUGUGGGACCUGCUUGGCGACGUCUGUCACCCUUUCUAUUAUGGACCUCUGGGUCUGGACCACAGAACCAGCACCAGGAGGGCUCUGAAGCACGUGAACAAGAUGCUGUUGGGGGAGUGUAUGUACCGGGACCAACGCUGUCUCUCCCCCUGGACCGCCCUCUUCAUCUGGGCCGUGCUGCAGAACCGCACCGAGAUGGCCGUGUACUUCUGGGAGAUGGCGGGGGAGUCUGUGCUGAGCGCUCUGGGCGGCUGUAAGAUGCUGAGGGAGCUGUCCAAGCUAGAGAGUGAGACAGAGAGCAAGCUGGCCAUGAAGGAGCUCGCUCAGAAGUUUGAGGACCUUGCACUUGAUGUGUUUGCAGAGUGUUACCAGAAUAGUGAGAGUCGCUCCUUCACUCUCCUUAUAAGGAAGUCAACUGUGUGGGGCGGAGCUACCUGUGUUCAGAUGGCCACUGCUGCUGACGCCCGUCUGUUCUUCAGUCACGAUGGAGUUCAGUCUCUGCUGUCUCAGAUCUGGUGGGGUGACAUGGAGAGGAGCACUGAGGUCUGGAAGCUGGUUCUCACCUUUUUCGUGCCCCUCAUCCUCUACACCAACAUCAUCAGUUUCAGGGAGCAGGAGGAAGACGUGAAGUCUGUGGAGCUCCUUUACAGAGACACCGACAGUCUGGAGGGAAAUGAUGCCACCGUCUUCUCCCUGGAUGACAUCAUACAGAAUGAGGAUGACGCUGAAGAGCUCAGAGCUCUGAAAGAAAACCAGCAAGGUUCUUCAUCCUCAAAUUCAAGACGGCCAUUCCUCGUUUCCCGGUGGAGACAGUUCUGGUUCGCCCCUGUCACAUCGUUCCUAGGAAACGUCCUGAUGUACUUCCUGUUCCUCUGCCUCUUCGCAUACGUUCUGCUGGUGGACUUCAAGCCCCCACCACCUGAUGGCCCCUCCACCCUUGAGAUCGUGCUCUACUUCUGGGUUUUCACCUUAGUGUGUGAGGAGAUCCGACAGACGUUCUUCGUGGGCAGCAACUUCGUGCUUCAGAGGAUGAAGAACUACAUCCAGGACAUAUGGAACAAGUGUGACCUCACAGCCAUCUCUCUCUUCAUACUGGCUCUCUGCUGCAGAAUGUUCCCCUGGUCGUAUGACUUCGGUCGGGCUGUGAUGGCCAUAGAUUUUAUGGUCUUUACUCUUCGUUUGAUCCACAUCUUCGCAAUCCACAAACAGCUCGGACCAAAGAUCAUCAUUUUGGGCAAGAUGAUGAAGGAUGUCUUCUUCUUCCUUUUUUUCCUGGCUGUGUGGCUCAUGGCAUACGGAGUAGCUAAUCAGGCACUCCUGUACUCGUAUGACCCCCGUCCAAACUGGAUAUUUCGCAGAGUCUUCUACAGACCUUACCUGCAUAUUUUCGGACAGAUACCCAUACAUGAGAUGGACACUGAUAAAUUGGUAGAAGUUGAAUGUACAAACAACGCCACACUGAUCGCAGCCGGAGAGGAGCCAUGUCUGAGCGGGUACGCCAACUGGCUGGUCGUCAUCCUCCUUGUCAUCUACCUUCUCUUCACCAACAUUGUUCUCGUCAACUUGCUAAUCGCCAUGUUCAGCUACACCUUCUCUAAAGUCCAGGAGCGAAGUGACACCUACUGGAAAUUCCAGCGCUACAACCUGAUCGUGGAGUACCACUCGAGGCCCUGCUUAGCCCCACCCUUCAUCAUCAUCUCACACCUCCAACUGUUUAUCAAAAGAUACAUCCGGCGCAUCCCUUCGGCCAAGCGCAAACACUUUUUCCUGGAGCUGCGGGGUAGGAAGGCGAGCCGGCUCAACACGUGGGAGGCGAUCCAGAAAGAAAGCCUGCUCUCAGCUCAAAACAAGAGACAGCGAGAGAGCGACACGGCACGACUCAAAUAUACAUGUGUGAAGGUGGACAGUGUGCUGAAACAGAUGACAGAGAUCCGUGACCACGACCGAAGGCUGAGGCUGCUGGAGUCAGAGCUGGAGUACUGCUGCAGCGCCCUCUCCUGGAUGACAGAGGCUCUGUCUCAGAGCAAUCUGAUAAAUACUGACCGACCUGCCCCGAUCCUUAGAGAUCUGACUCCACUGUCUCCAAGCUGAGUCUUUGAACUCCAGGAUCACACACACACACACUCACACUCACACACAGUUUUCUCAGGGCUACUUGUUGAAGAGCACCUUGUUUGCUACUCUGUCCAUAAUUUCGUCUGCAUAUUUCAUGGUUUGUUGAUUUCUGAUGUAUGAUGUGUGAGAUGCUGUAAAAGAAAAAGACGGAACACAAUGGACAGGACUCAAAUGCAGACUUCUGAGACAGAGCUGGUGCAGUUCAUUUAUUUAUUAGCAAAAUAACAAAGGUACAAAAGACUUACAUGAUGGUGAGGUAGGAAAUUGUUCUAACUAGAAAAGGGAAGACCAAAUACAGUACAUAAAAAUAUUUUCUCAAGGAGAAACAAAAGUCUAUAAUCUUAUAAGAAAACUUAGAAAAACACAAAUAAUUCAUACUGGGGAGGGGCAGGACACGAAAUACACAUAUCAAACAUGAAACUGUCCCAAAGGGCAGGAAUGACACUGACUUUUCCUCAUAACUAAGUUAGUUAUGAUACAAAAUUUAAAAAAAUGUAAGUUAUCAAUAUUUGCUUUUGCUCAUAAAAUGUAUGUACGGUAGGUCAAAAGUCUGCCAAAGUCUAACAUUUUUAGAUCCUGGCCUCCACUCAACUUGUAUUUGACAGAGCCUUAAUCUAUAAUGUCCAUAAUGUGAAAGAUGUAACUCAUCAUGACAAUCAAAUUAACAAUGCUACAGUUGCCCUCAGUUCUUUUGAGCCUCUUUUGGCUCAUUGUUUUGGUCUAUUUUGUCCCUAUUCCAUAAGUGCCUCAACAUCAACAUUAUUUCCAGCAUCAGCGGGAAGCUGUUUGAGUAGCCUCGGAGUGCUGUUUGUGAGACUUUAGCAGCUAAAGUGAGAGAUAUUUUUAUGACUUGUUGAGACUAAAAGCAGAUUUAUGACAGAGAGAAUAUUGGACUUGUAUUCAUGAAGACCUUUAAGUCAAUUCUCACAAUUGGUGGCAUUAUCACUGAAAAACAGACUGAUCAAAUUAGCUUCCUAUUCAUUUACAUUAGUAAAAAUAAAAAGUGAAAAACACACAAAAAGAAAAACAACUAAAAUCUGGCCAUUGUAGUGUUGUGGUGUGGGUGGGGUUGGUGGUAGUGAGGGUUGGGUUUUACAUUGUGGAAAACUGUGAUUGCUGAUAUGCAAUUGUAAUUUCUUUUCUAUUGUUUAGGGAUGUGUUAUAUCUCUUGGCGAACCAAUGUGUACCUCUAUUGUUUGAUACACUGUGACCAAAAAUAUACAGAUUCUGUAUGUACAUUUCAAGCACUCUGUAAAGACCUAUGAUUUUUUUUAGAGCAGAUAAGUCUAAAUAAAAUCGAUUUACAUGCCUC